AUGCUUUUUGGCAUUACCACUGAUUACCUCUCCUUAAAAUUCCUCCUUGACUUUUGUGACAAUGCUAUAUAUUUUAUUCCAUUUUCAAGUAGUUUUGCCUUCUCUGGCUUUCCUCAGAGGAAGUGUAGGAAUCCCUCUGGGCCCUAUUUUAAUUCCUCAGUUUUUCAGGCCCUGUUAUAUGAGAGUCCGUUUAACGUUUCACCUGUCAUCAAUAUCCAGAUGACUUCCAAGCCUGCGUUCUCUCGCCUUAACCUCUCUUCACUCUUAAUCCCCUUUUUUCCCCUAGUCUGGGGCUCUGUCCUAAUCAAUCUGUUUCAUGGCUUCUUCCUUUUUUCCCAACAUCUCUAUUGA